AUCUCAACUGCUUGCUCCUACCCAAAACAACGCCCACAAUCCAAAUCUACAACGAUUCUUCCCACCAAGGAGUCUACCAAAGACAAUUUCACCCCAUUCUCCUUUCUAUCCUAAGCCAACCCACUUCCUUGUCCAACAAAAUGCUUGUUCUUCAAUUCUCUGUAUUUCCAUGAGUGAAGAGUAAACUGUCUCUAUUCUUGGGCAGUACCUCCCCUAAAAAAAAAAAAGAGAGACACACUCUGUUCGUUAUUGUAUGUUCCCAGUGUGCUGAGUCCUUGUAUACAAUUUUAAAUGACUGAACACUCAGACUGAGGAAGGCAAGAAGGCAAACAGGAGGAUACAGAAGACCAAUGCAUUUCGAAGUUUUCUGUGACACACAAAAAACACACAUGGUAUAAGACCUAACACGUUCACAUACGUAUACCUAAAGCAAGCAUCAAGAAACAAUACUUGGUCUUACUAAGUACAAUGCACUCUGCUUAUCUUUUUUUUUUAAAUGAUGGCCAAGAUCCACUAAACUGGAUUCCAGCUAACCAAUGGGACUCAGUUUGAAUGGGAGUUCAGUUUGAACUGCAAUAAAUCAAACCUCACAGUUGCAUUCCAAAAACUACUAAUGAACCCUUUAAAAGGCCAGCAGACAGCAGAGACAAUGACCAAUCACAAGAACCGGGCACAACCAGGUAGGCAGUACCUUCCUCUGUCCAGCAGCCAGGGUUUAAGUAGCUCCCAAUAUCCCAGCAUCCCAGCUUUUCCCAACUUACCCAAGGGUACUCCACCCAUAUGCCCUUUUGUUACCCUCUUUAUAAAUUCAGUCCAUUCAAUCUUUUAGGAUGGCAAAAUUCAUUUUCUGCCCACUAUGGAAAGCAAUACUUCCUUUUUGUCCCCAGACCAACCCUCUUCAAGCCUGAAGAGAGCCUUCCAGGAACCCAAAAUUCAAUGAAUAAGUUGGUACUCUGCAUGCCUUUGUGAUCUGUGUGGAUGCUAUACAGGAGUAUGCACACACACGUCUCUCUCUCUCUUUCCCUCCCUUUCCAUUUUUCCAGUCUUAGUCCUGGCUGAUGCAGCCUCUGGUGAAAUGAGAAACCUGGGAACCCCCUGGAGCCGGGGAAGCCACUCACUGGCAUGACAGAAAGCAGUGGACUCACUCUCCACACCACAGAAACGCCUGGCAAACGAGUCACCAAGUUAUUUGAAGACCCAGGCUGGGAAAGGGAAGGGAAGACGAGAGAAGUAAGACAAACUCGAGGAGCCGCGGCAGGGUGACCGGCUGAGGCCACCUCGCAAAGGCUGUACCGCAACCCACCGCUCCCCAGGCCGGCCCCACAUCUCUGCGAAGGCAGACUGCCGCGGCCGCCGCAGGAGCCCGGAGCUCGAGCCGCCCAGCGACUCCCCCUCCCCCUCCCCCAGCCCCGCCCCGCCCCAACCCGGGGCUCCGAGCCGGAGCCGAGUCUGCGCCUGGGGGAGGACCAUGCGGCAGUAGCAGCCAUGCUGCCCUUCCUUCUGGCCACUCUGGGCACCACGGCCCUCAACAACAGCAACCCCAAGGACUACUGCUACAGCGCCCGAAUCCGCAGCACCGUCCUGCAGGGCCUGCCCUUUGGGGGCGUCCCCACCGUGCUGGCUCUUGACUUUAUGUGCUUCCUUGCACUGCUGUUCUUGUUCUCCAUCCUCCGGAAGGUGGCUUGGGACUAUGGGCGGCUGGCCUUGGUGACAGAUGCAGACAGGCGACGCCGGUGGCAGGAGAGGGAGCGAGUGGAACAGGAAUAUGUGGCCUCAGCUAUGCACGGGGACAGUCAUGACCGGUAUGAGCGUCUCACGUCUGUCUCCAGCUCCGUGGACUUUGACCAAAGAGACAAUGGUUUCUGUUCCUGGCUGACAGCCAUCUUCAGGAUAAAGGAUGAUGAGAUCCGGGACAAAUGUGGGGGCGACGCUGUGCACUACCUGUCCUUCCAGCGGCACAUCAUCGGGCUGCUGGUCGUCGUGGGAGUCCUGUCUGUGGGCAUCGUGCUGCCUGUCAACUUCUCAGGGGACCUGCUGGAGAACAAUGCCUACAGCUUCGGGAGAACCACCAUUGCCAACCUGAAAUCAGGGAACAACCUGCUAUGGUUGCACACCUCCUUCGCCUUCCUGUACCUGCUGCUCACCGUCUACAGCAUGCGUAGACACACCUCCAAGAUGCGCUACAAGGAGGACGACCUGGUGAAGCGGACUCUCUUCAUCAAUGGAAUCUCCAAAUAUGCAGAGUCAGAAAAGAUCAAGAAGCAUUUUGAGGAGGCCUAUCCCAACUGCACGGUUCUUGAAGCUCGCCCAUGUUACAAUGUGGCUCGCCUUAUGUUCCUCGAUGCUGAGAGGAAGAAGGCUGAGCGGGGGAAGCUCUACUUCACAAACCUCCAGAGCAAGGAGAAUGUCCCCACCAUGAUCAACCCCAAGCCCUGUGGUCACCUCUGCUGCUGCGUGGUGCGAGGCUGUGAACAGGUGGAGGCCAUCGAGUACUACACGAAGCUGGAGCAGAAGCUGAAGGAGGACUACAAGCGGGAGAAGGAGAAGGUGAACGAGAAGCCUCUUGGCAUGGCCUUUGUCACCUUCCACAACGAGACCAUCACCGCCAUCAUCCUGAAGGACUUCAACGUGUGUAAGUGCCAGGGCUGCACCUGCCGUGGGGAGCCGCGCGCCUCGUCCUGCAGCGAGUCCCUGCACAUCUCCAACUGGACUGUGUCUUACGCCCCCGACCCCCAGAACAUCUACUGGGAGCACCUGUCCAUCCGGGGCUUCCUCUGGUGGCUGCGCUGCCUGGUCAUCAAUGUCGUCCUCUUCAUCCUCCUGUUCUUCCUCACCACCCCGGCCAUCAUCAUCACCACCAUGGACAAGUUCAACGUCACCAAGCCUGUGGAGUACCUCAAUAACCCCAUCAUCACUCAGUUCUUCCCCACCCUGCUGCUGUGGUGCUUCUCGGCCCUGCUCCCCACCAUCGUCUACUACUCGGCCUUCUUCGAAGCCCACUGGACACGCUCCGGGGAGAACAGGACCACCAUGCACAAGUGCUACACCUUCCUCAUCUUCAUGGUGCUGCUCCUGCCCUCACUGGGACUGAGCAGCCUGGACCUCUUCUUCCGCUGGCUCUUUGACAAGAAAUUCUUGGCUGAGGCAGCUAUUCGGUUUGAGUGCGUGUUCCUGCCCGACAACGGCGCUUUCUUCGUGAACUACGUCAUUGCCUCAGCCUUUAUCGGCAACGCCAUGGACCUGCUGCGCAUCCCAGGCCUGCUCAUGUACAUGAUCCGGCUCUGCCUGGCGCGCUCUGCCGCGGAGAGGCGCAACGUGAAGCGGCAUCAGGCCUACGAGUUCCAGUUUGGCGCAGCCUACGCCUGGAUGAUGUGCGUCUUCACGGUGGUCAUGACCUACAGUAUCACCUGCCCCAUCAUCGUGCCCUUCGGGCUCAUGUACAUGCUCCUGAAGCACCUGGUAGACAGGUACAAUCUCUACUACGCCUACCUGCCGGCCAAGCUGGACAAGAAGAUCCACUCAGGGGCCGUGAACCAGGUGGUGGCCGCGCCCAUCCUCUGUCUCUUCUGGCUGCUCUUCUUCUCCACCAUGCGCACGGGGUUCCUAGCCCCCACGUCCAUGUUCACAUUCGUGGUCCUGGUCAUCACCAUCGUCAUCUGUCUCUGCCACGUCUGCUUCGGACACUUCAAAUACCUCAGUGCCCACAACUACAAGAUUGAGCACACGGAGACAGAUGCCGUGGACCCCAGAAGCAAUGGACGGCCCCCCAUGGCUGCCGCUGUCCCCAAAUCUGCGAAAUACAUCGCUCAGGUGCUGCAGGACUCAGAGGUGGACGGGGACGGGGAUGGGGGUCCCGGGAGCUCAGGGGAUGAGCCCCCGUUGUCCUCGUCCCAAGAUGAGGAGCUGCUGAUGCCACCUGAUGGCCUCACGGACACAGACUUCCAGUCUUAUGAGGACAGCCUCAUAGAGAAUGAGAUUCACCAGUAAGGGGAGGGAGGGGCCCUGGAGGCCACGCCCUGCCCCCACCCUACCCGCACCCCCAUGGACACUAAAAAAAAAAAAAAAAACGCUAAUAAUUUAUUAGGUCUAAAGCCCCUUCCUCCCCCAUCCCCUGCUUUCAUUAAGGUAUUUAAACCUGGGGAUCACACCACUCUCCCCCACCAUGGAGGGAGGGAGGGAAACCCCAACCUCAGUGAGGAGAGCCCCGAGCCGGACCCGGGGCAAAGAGGGGUGCGGACAGGGUUCCCCCAGAUCAGUGCCCCCCACGCUAGUAGUGUGGUCAGGAAAGGGUUAUUGAGAGCCAAGAGGGGUACCUGGUGCCGAGGCUGGAGACCUGGAGGGGGGGUGGCGCAGGCAGUUCAGGGGCUCCCCGCCCCAUUCUUUCCUCCCCCCAAGGCCCCCUGGGACCUGGCACUCCAGGAAGUGGCACCUCCAGCCCCUGUGGGUUGCAUGAGGGGGAGGGGCUGCAGAGUGGGAGGAAGCGACAGGCCCCCAGCCAGGGAGGUGACCUAGGGGUGGGGGGCGGGCAUGGCUGACACUGGAACAAUGGGUUUUUGCACUGUUUUUUUUUUUUUUUUCCUUUAAAAUAAAAACGAAAAGACAAGCUCCGA